GUUAAAGAGGAAGAGGAAUACACGAUAGCCAGAUGAAAGAAAAUUGACAUAAAAUACGCUUUACAUUAAUUCUGGAAGGUACGAUGAAAAGAAAGAACUGGGGAUUAAAGAGAGAGAGAGAGACAGAGAGAGCGCCGAUGCUAAGAGCAAACUGGCAAACUUCCGCACAAGUGAACAAGUGAAGCAGGGAGGGAUAGGCGAACAGGCAGACGAGCAAUCAGCCUUCACUGUCACGCUACCUGCGCACCAUGGUGGAGGGCAGUAAGAAGACAAAUGUAGAGGAACAAUUAGCACAGUACCGCAAGAGGAAGAAGAGGGAGGAGGAGUAUGCAGCGCUGAAGCAAAAGAUAUGGGGCUACCUCGCUGCUGUGUUCACCUUCUGGAGGCCUGAGGACGGUGGGCCGGGCACGCACACCUCACCGGGAAGUUCUGAAGCAGAGAUGCAGGAUGAUUCUUCCCGUCCUGCCAUUAAUACCGGAAAUGCGAGGAGGAGGAAAGCUAACAUGGGAGAGGCGACCACCACCAUGGAAGAGGAGGAAGCAUCUCCCACACACUACACUAGAUUAGACUUGGCCAUGCUGUUUCUUAAGAUCCUCAUGUGGCUGUUGCUCCAGAAGGUCUUUAUCCUGUUGGAAUUUGGAGCAGUCUUCUUCAUUACCAGUGCCUUCUUAUUUAUAUGGUAUAACUUGAGAAAUGAGCCCAAGAAGAAGGGAGAAGCAAGUGCUUACUCUGUGUUCAACCCAAAUUGUGAAGCAAUUGAUGGAACGUUCACUGCUGAGCAGUUUGAACGUGAGCUGUUGCAUAAAAUGUGAUGCCAUGUGAUUGUAUAUUUAAUUUGUUAGUUGUUAUAUAUUUUUAUAUUGACAAUAUUUGUAAUAUAUUGAGUAAUAUUGGGUAGAUAUAAUAGGAGAUACAAAGUCUUGUAUCAACAGUUCCAUUUGUGCCUUUUCCAUUUGGGCCAAUAAUAAGAGAGGAUGCCAGCUUGGAAGGUGUACAUUUUGAACAAGCAAGGAGAUAGGCAUGGAUGAAUAUUAGUUAAACCUGUCAGGGAAUCAAUCACAAGAUACUACCUUAUACUGGUGUCAGGUUUGUGAUGGUCCUCACUCCUAUUGAUCCUCUGUUUCAAGAUCUAUAAAUAAGCAAGGUCUGCUCAUGCUUGUCACUCAUCACAAGAAGUACAGCUGUGACAUCCACAUAUUUGAGGAAAGAUUCCCCACGUAUUGUAAUUGAACCUUUCCAUUCACAAAAAUCACAAACUCCUUAUUGCACCUGAGUUGAAGGUAUGUGUUGUAGGGAAAAUUCUUAUUUUGUCUUGAUUUUCUGGAUGUAUAAAAAAAAAAAAACAUCUGGCCAAGCCAAGUUUUGAGGUAUUUAGAAGGGGAAGGUUGUUGGUACAGUGAGUGAGCUAAAUCAUGAUGUAAUAGUGAAUGUGUAGACAUUACAGAUUUGUGUAAAAA